ACACGAUGUCAAAAAGGGAGCUGGAAACGUUUUAUUUUCCCAGUGACAAAAACUACUCAGCUCCAAACAAUCGUCACGAGCCAAAGGUCAGCCAAUCAGAUGAGCGGAAGUUUAACGUUGCGGUAAUCCGGUUCAGAGUCAGACGUGACAAGUGCGGCCGACUGAACUCAGUCCUACUGUCUGCCCUGAAGGCUCUAUAAAGUAUUUUCUUCGUCAUUGCCUUACCACCGAGCUGUACGUUUGAGCAUAAUGCCAUGGUGGACUGAUAUGUCUUGUGACUGCAAGCCUUUGCACAGCGGGAGAAUUGUUCCUUUGUAAGCUAGUUGGUCCGUCAGUCAGUAACGUUGGUGAUGGAUGAGCAGCGAGUAGCCUGAAAAGCUUCUUCUCCACAGGCCCCGGGACGAGCGUUUAACCUAAGCCCGGAGGACCAAGACACCCCUGAUGAGAGCGAGCAAAACCUCCCGAAGCUUCUGGUAAUAACCGGGUACUUAUAUACAGUUAGCGUGCCCCAAACUGCCCCACCAAUUUCUGUUGAAAGUGAGACCCAACCAGCCUUCACGGUGGAAACGAGAAGAAGAGCAAAGAUGAAUGCUGUGCGGGGGGGCACAGUCACCUGGCGUCCCCAGCCAUGGCAGGAUGGGGACGGGGGAGGAGGAGAACCUCUGUCGGACAGUGAUUCCGAAGAGGAGGACUUCCCUGAUGACAGUACCACACCACUGGGAGACUACAUCACACAUGGAUUGAAGCAGCUCCUGGAUGCUCAGCAGCUGUGUGAUGUUACUCUACUUGUUGAGGGAAAGAAGUUCAUGUGUCACAGAGUCCUCUUAGCAGCCGUGAGCCCGUACUUUCGGGCCAUGUUCACCAGCCCGCUGGUAGAGUCUCGGCUCACUGAGAUCCGACUGGAGGAAGUGACGCCGUCUGUCAUGGAGACUGUCAUCCAGUUUGUGUACACGGGUGAGGCUGGGCUCUCUCUGGACACAGCUGAGGAUCUGUUUGUGGCCGCCAACCGGCUUCAGGUGAUGCCACUUCAAGACCUGUGUUCCAGGUUUCUAUUUGAGCACCUCUCAGUGGAUAACUGCCUGGGGAUGUACUCUCUUGCUCGCUCUCACCAUGACCAGCUGCUGCUGCGUGCCUCCCUGCGGCUCGUAGCCCAGCACUUCCCCCGGGUGGCCCGGCAGAAAGACUUCCUCCUGCUUGACCACGGCACCUUAGGCAGCCUCCUGAGCUCUGACCGCCUGGGGGUGGACUCCGAAGCAGAGGUUUACGACGCAGCACGCCGCUGGGCUGAGCACCAACCCUUAGAUCGCUACGCCCACAUGCCAGCUCUGCUUCACCACCUGCGGCCGGGGCUUCUGUCCCAGGAAGAGAGCCGAAGACUGUGCCAGGAGUUGGGGCCCGCUGCAGCCGGUGAGGGCCUUGGGGGGCCUCUGAGACCACGGGAGGGCAUGUUUGAGAAGAAGAUUGUCUGUGUGGACCUGACACCUCGGGAAGAAGAGAAUUUAGCUUCAAGAGACUACACCGUCGACUGCUUUGAUCCUCGGACAGGGAAGUGGGAGAAGUUGGCAGCACUGGGUUCUCUGGUCAGUCCCGGCUGUACGGCUGUAGGUGACCGGCUGUUUGUAGCGGGCGGGAUUCUGCGGACAGGCUCUGUGUCUGCAGCUGUGCAUGAAUAUGAUGCAGUGUUGGACCGCUGGGUAGAGCGGCCUUCCAUGAUUCAGCCGCGGGCUAUGCUAGGCCUUCUGGGCUGUGGUGAGUCAAUCUAUGCCUUGGGAGGUAGUAACCGCUCAGCUCUGCUGGACUCUAGCGAGACCCUGGAGCUGACUACCCUUCAGUGGGUUCCAGGGCCUCGGUUACCACUCCCUCUGCGCGCCUUUGCCAGUGCAGCCUUACGUGGACGGCUUUACCUUCUGGGUGGAACCACACUUGAACAGAACCGUGCUGUGGUCCACUCAGGGGUGCUUAUUUAUCAUACCCUAACAGACUGCUGGACACGCGUGGCUCUGGACUCCGGCGCCACUUGUCUUGCCGGAGGAGUAGCAGUGCGAGGAGGAGUGUGUGCAAUUGGGGGAUACAUGAGGGAUACCACCAAGUUCCUGGAUGGAAAUUACACCAAUCUGGAGACUUUAGACGCCACUGGGCGUGUUCUGUUUUUCAGAGAGGGCAGGGGGUCUGGAGUAGAGAGGGAGGUGACUGGGGGAGGGGUGAUGGUCACUGCAGAGCAGCGGGGGGGUGCAGGUGGUGGAAGCGACCGUUCCCCAAGCCCUGUGGUAUUUCCUGGGCUGCCACGGCGGAUUGCAGCUGGGGGUGUUGCCAGGUGGAAACGCAGGAUUUAUGUGCUGGGUGGGGAAAACGGCUCACGGUUUUAUGACAGUGUGUACUGUUGGAAGCCCGGCUGGCGCAGUUGGGUCCAGAGACGUGAAAAACUCCCCGGGGACACUGGAGGGGUGAGCCAGUUUGGGUGUACCACUUUAAAGUUCCCUAAGAAACACAUCCUGUCCAGACUGAGACUAGCCAAAGAAAACUGCAAGAAGUCCGCUGACUAGCUUUGCAGGGACCAGUAUAACUGAAGUGAAGGCAGCCGUUCAUUUAACACAAGAUGAGCUCCAGGCUAAGUUGGAAUUAGCUCUUCUGUUGGUGUUGAGAUGAAGUCACAAGGAAGAGACCAGUUUCUACAGUCGGAGUGCAGCCCAGAGUAGACCUAUAAUGGACUGGAUGCAGACAAAUCUUAUGAAAUGUAAUAUGGAUAAUAAAAUGUACAAAUGGAGCCAGAAACUGGUUAACAGUCAGGCAACGUGCACCUGAAUGUAACUAGUUGACUGUUUGUCAGAA